AUGAAAUGUAUCUUAUUAUCACCACUUCUGGCUAUUUGGAAGCAUGGAGGCGGGGGCACACAAAAAGCGAAACGCACACAAAAAUCCCCCCAUACGAAGACUAUCUCUCGCCAAAAAGAGGUCUCGAUCAAGUUCUCUUUUUGA